AUGAUAAAAACCAUUUUACCUAGCCCAAAGACCCCGACUAUCUGUUCUGCCGCUCACCCUCCCUCUAUUACAUUUCCGCCCAACACCACACUUCCUCUGCUAUUCUCUGUAAGACAACCUCAACAACCUCCACUUCGAUUUCACUCUAUCACCACCACCUUCAUGAAUCCAACAACAACAACUGAAACUGAGGAAGCACCAGUGCUUUUACAUCUACUGAGAUCACCAAUAUUUUUUUUUGAUGUAAACACUGAUCGUUUUGAAGAGGCUCUUGAUAGAUUUGCUCAAUUAUUUACUAAACCAUUGAUGUCCGAUGAUGCCACCGGGUCUACUGAUUCUACCGCACAAGGCAGCAUGACAGGGCCGGAACAUGAAGCUUCAAUUGGUGGUAAUAAUAAAAAAUUUCUCAGAACAAUAUGA